AUGGCCGAUAUCGAGAUCCCCAGACCCGAGGAGCAGCAAGCACCGAGAACUCCUCACCAGAAUGUCCGCACCAAUGGUCGUGCCUUCAACUCUGCCAACUGGCGCAUGAAGAGUGAAGAAAGCCCGCAACCCCCCUCCCCCUCCCCGCGAACCAAUACCUCCCGCACCGCCUUUAGUCGCCCAGGAUCUCAUGUGCCCCAGGCUAUCUCGGAUGGUCGCCGUCUGUAUGUAGGCAACAUGCCCUACACAGCCAAGUCUGAGGAUGUCGAGGCACUCUUCACAGCUUCCGAGUUCUCCAUCGAGCGCAUCGACAUUGCCAUUGACCCGUUUACCGGCCGUAACCCAUCGUACUGUUUUGUCGACCUGCACACAAAAGAACAGGCUGAGCGAGCCAUGAUCGACUUGGAUGGAAAGGAUAUGCUGGGUCGUCCCGUCAAAAUCAAGCCCGGCGUGGCUAAGUCGUCAGCCGAGCGAGCGAGUGAACAGCAGCAGCGAUCGCCGAUUGGCGUCGACCGAUGGCGUCGUUCGGAGAUUGAGAGUUCACCCCGGGCCCCCAUGGUCAACUCCGAUGCCAGUCAACGCGUAUACGUGGGAGGAUUGCCCCGCGUGGAGGCCGACGUAGCGGAGGCUCAGAUCAAGACCUUUUUCCAAGGAUACAACGUUGAGAAAGUGAGCAAGCUGUUCUCCCCCCACCCAGCGAAGCGAUUCGAUCCCGGCGAGCACUAUUAUCUGUUUGUCGAUCUUAGCAGUGUUGAAGAAGCUCAACGGGCAAUGGAUAUUCUGAACGGUCAACAAGGGCCGUGGGGUGGUCCGAUCCGCGUGCAGCGGGCGCGCGGUACCACCAUCAAGCCAGAAGAGCGCAUUAGCUCUGAACAACUUUAA